AUGGCGCCAAAGCCGUCUCUGCGCCACCGCCUGUUUGCCCCAAAGACUGACCCUUUUUACAAAAGAAAGCCGUCCUUUCUUUCAAGAGUCGUCACCCGCGUCGUUCCCUGCGUAAACACAACUGACUCUCCCACCGCCCCCGCUUUUGUCCUCCCAGACCUGGACAUCUCCCCGCCUCUCGCUGCUGGCUUUGCUCUUCCCCCACAGCCCUCAAAUCCUCCUUCGCCUACCGACUCGGACGUCGUCGUACCACCACCCGUCAGCGCUUCUCUCCUUCCAGACGACGAGACAGAUGGCAUGACCUCGGGCGCCGUUCAGCCUCCAGGCUCUCUCGGCACUCCUCUCACCCACGACUCUUCAGACGACUCGGAUCGCACAACCAUCGACGACGACAUUCACCAUGUCUUUGACGACCACGACGACGAGCUGCGUCUCAUCAAGGCUGGCGGUUCUGGUAUCCCCAUUGGCCCUGAUGGCGUCCCAAAGCCUCUUCUGCCACCCAUCGCUCCGGAGCAUGUAGGCAGAAAGUGUCUCGUCCUCGAUCUCGACGAAACUCUUGUACACAGCAGCUUCAAGGCCGUCGCACAAGCAGAUUUCAUCGUCCCUGUAGAAAUCGAGUAUCAUUGGCAUCAUUUCCAUGUCCUCAAACGUCCUGGUGUAGACGAUUUCCUCAAGCAAAUGGGCCAGAUUUACGAAAUCGUCGUAUUCACCGCCAGUCUCAGCAAGUAUGCCGACCCUGUCCUCGACAAGCUCGACAUACACCGCGUAGUCGCUCAUAGACUCUUCCGCGAGAGUUGCUACAACCAUAAAGGCAACUAUGUAAAGGAUCUCUCUCAGCUUGGUAGACCCAUCGCUGAUACCAUCAUUCUCGACAAUUCUCCUGCUUCCUACAUCUUUCAUCCAAACAACGCUGUCCCAGUCUCUUCCUGGUUCAACGAUCCACAUGAUGCUGAACUCACUGACCUUAUACCCUUCCUCGCUGACCUCACAGCAGUACCAGAUGUUCGUGGAAUAUUGGACGCUGCCCGAUAA